UAGCUCCCAUCCACCCCCCUCGUACGACUGCAGACCUAAGCACUUACUAAUAAUAAUAAUAAAGCUGGACCCGUGAGUCAUUUCCAUGGAGUGCCACCGCUAAUGGAGAGUCAGGAAGAGAAGCCCACCAUUUAUACUAUGGAAAACAAGCCGAUUGUGACAUGUGCCGGAGACCAGGGCUUGUUCACGUCUCUCUACACCUCGUUAGCCCAGCAGCUCCCCAGGGAGCCCAUGGAGUGGAGGAGGACCUAUGGCCGUGCUCCUAAAAUGAUCCACCUUGAGGCUAACUUUGUCCAAUUUAAGGAGGAGCUCAUCCCCAAGGAUGGCAACAAGGCGCUCCUCACCUUCCCCUUCCUCCACAUCUACUGGACGGACUGCUGCGACACCGAAGCGUACAAGAGCUCGGUGAAGGAGGACAUGAUGCGCUGGCAGAACAGUCUGCGCACGCACAGCUCGGCCGACUGGGUCAUCAUCGUGGUGGAGUCCAGUGACAUGAGAAAGAAGAACAAGACCAACAUCCUGCCCCGCUCCUCCAUUGUGGACAAGAUCCGCAGCGAUUUUUGCAACAAGCAGAACGACAGGUGUGUGGUGUUGUCGGACCCCCUGAAGGACUCGCCUCGGUCUCAGGAGUCCUGGAAUUCUUUGUUGCUCAAGCUGAGAACCCUCCUCCUCAUGUCCUUCACCAAGAACCUGGGGCGCUUCGAAGACGACAUGCGUACUCUCAGAGAGAAGCGCACCCAGCCGGGCUGGAGCUUCUGUGAAUACUUCAUGGUCCAGGAAGAACUCGCCUUUGUGUUUGAGAUGCUGCAGCAGUUCGAAGAUGCCUUGGUCCAGUACGAUGAACUGGAUGCUCUUUUCACCCAGUAUGUCCUUAACUUUGGAGCUGGAGAUACUGCCAACUGGCUGGGCUCGUUUUGUGCCCCGGUGCGCAGCUGGAGCGGCUUGCUGCUGCGGCGGCCCAUUGACAUGGAGAAGCGGGACGGGAUCCAGCGCGGCGAGGCCAGCCUGCUGGACCUGAGGAGCUACCUCUUCUCCCGCCAGUGCACCCUGCUCAUCUUCCUCCAGAGGCCCUGGGAAGUGACCCAGAGGGCGCUCGAGCUGCUGCACAACUGCAUCCAGGAGCUGCGCCUGCUCGAGGUGUCAGUACUGGAGGGGGCGCUGGACUGUUGGGUUUUCCUCAGCUGCUUGGAGGUUCUGCACAGGAUCGAGAGCUGCUGUGACCAGGCUCAGUUAGCUGCCAAUAGCGCGCACACUGUAGGGCUGUGGGCCUACGCCACCGACAAGCUCAAGUCGCUGGGCGAGCUCUGUGGGCUGGUGUCCUGUAAAGGUCCAACCUCGGAAGACUUGAACAGGACUGUGGACGUGCUGGCCGGACUGGGAGACGAGCGACCCGAGACUGCGAACAGCCUGCAGAGCCCCUACAAGAAGCUGAAAGAGGCCUUGUCUUCCGUAGAAGCUUUUGAAAGACAUUAUCUUGAACUGUCUCACGCUGCCAUGGAGAUGUACCGGGCCAUCGGUCGGCUACGGUCGGCCCGGCUGGUGGGAAAAAGCCUGGCGGAGUUUUACAUGAGAAAGGAAGACCCUGAGCGAGCAGAAGUCUUCCUACAAGAAGCGCUCAAGUCAUACGUGUCUGAGGGCUGGAGCUUCCCGGUCACACACACCAGGAAACAGCUUGCUGAAUGCCAGAAGCUGCUGGGAAGAACCGUUGACUCCCUGCAGACCAGCGCCUUGUUGGCCGGCGACGCCAACCUCACCAAAGAGGAGAGGACGCGAUUCUGUCAGGAUGUCCUGACUUUCGCUGGCAAGCCAGGUAAUCCCAGUCCAGCAGGCUCCGCCAAGGCCAUCCUCAGCAUGGGCGUCUUCGCUCAGCUCACGCGGCUACAGUUCCACCCGGCCAGCGCCUCUGUGCACUCCGGCGCUGUCCUGCAGGUGGAACUCACGCUGCGAUGUUUAAUGCCCAUGUCGGUGCACGUACAGGAACUAGCCAUCAGCAUUCACUUCGACCUGGAACAAGGGGGUUUUCAGGGGAGAGCGAAAGGAGGUCCGAGACAGAGCAGCAGCGGGACAAUAGACUUGGAUCUGGGUGGUUCCACAACAGGACGCCCCUCCUCCCUGACGGUUAGCCCCCCUUUGGAAAUGGACGAGAUCCAUGACCGCAGUCCCUCGGACAAUUCCCUGACCUCCGCGGGAGUGGUGUGCAAGAACGCUCACCUCGUUAUCCGUCGCCAUGACAGCAACUCUCCUCAGGACACGCCCAAUUGUGCCAGCCCGUCCCCCGUCACCUUGAAGGAAGGAGCGCAAAUGCUGCGGGUGCGCGACCUCACUUUGGCGCCCGGCGACAACAGCGUCCUCCUCACCGCGCCGAGCGAACAGCCGGGCUCGUACACGCUGCGUCAGCUGUGCGCUACGGUGGGUCAAGUGCACUUUGUGUUGCCUCACAUCUACCCCUCCAUCCAGUACGACAUCUACUCCCAGGAGCCCCAACUGACUGUGGAGCCUCUCUCAGAACCGCUGCUGGCCGGCCUGCCUCAGAUGGUGAAGUUCACGCUGCUGACGGGUCACUACGCGGUGAAGCGGGGCGACGCUCUGCAGCUCAGCAACAGUGACACCAUGCCCAUCCUGGCCUCGAGCAGCUGCACCGCCCGCAUCAGUAACACCACUGCUGCAAUGGCCGACGGUGUGCUCUCCAUCCAGUCCUCUGGCAAGGUGACCAGCAUCAGCCUGCCCCCCACCCCGCCUUACCACACCAUGGAAUUCCAGCUGGAGGUUCUAUGCAUCAUCCCGACAGGCCCGGACCGGCCCACCACUGAGAGGCUGACCAACGGAGAGGUCCGCCAUCGGCCUCGCAGCUACAGUCAUCCAGACACGCUCAUGACCGCCGUCGACCAGAGGCUGUCCAUCGACUGCCCGUGGUCCAUCUACUCCACGCUGCUGGCCCUCACCUUCUACAUCCCCUUCAAGACCAAACACUCGCUGCUGUCCGCCGGAAACAGGAAGUACAUCCAGGUGUUUGUGAACAACGUGUCGCACUCGGACUUCACGCUCGCCGAUGUGAAGCUGGCGGAGCAGCAGCAUGCCUCGCUGGAGCUGCUGUCUCUCAACGCGGCUGCCAAGCAGUUGUUGUGCAGCAAACACAGCGUGUUCUGCCUGUGGGAGGUCAAGUGGAAGGACGGCCUCUCCUCGUGUGUCCAGUGUGUCUUCUCCGCCAACUUCUCUCCUCCCGGCCAGGACGCCGCCUCCUUCAAGCCUUUCCACUACCAGUUCCUGCUGGAGCGAGUCCCCACGUUGUACAGCGUGACGGCGGACAUCCUGCCUCCUGCCGGGGAGCAGCACUGUCGCUCCGGCUCCCUCUGCGGGCUGGAGGUGUGUAUUACGCGACUGUCUGAGCCCACCGAGGGCGAGAUGUCUGACGAGAACAAGACUGACGCCGACGGGCUCAGAACUACCAAACUGAUGUAUGAAGUGGCAGACAGCAACAGUAACUGGGCCGUGUGCGGGAAGAGUUCGGGCAUGGUGACGAUGCCUUUGGCCACAAGCUCCGCCCACAAGGUUCACAUCGAAGUGAUGCCGCUGUUUGCAGGACACCUGCCUUUCCCCAAAAUCCAAGUUCUCAAGUACCUGCCUCACAACGCUGCAGUGGCCAUCCAGCCUGACCCUGACAGCCUGGUGGAGAACGACAGCCUGUCCCUGCUGGACAAGAUGCUGGACGAGCAGGCGGACACGGCCAGCCUGCGCAGUCGGGGCAGCGUGCACUCGCUGGGCGGAGUCGGCGACCAGCAGCAGAGGGGCGUGGCCAUGCCGCGGCUGGAGCCCUUCAGCCCAGGCCAGGUCUUCAACCGCAGCCUAGUUAGCCAAGUCCUAGUGCUGCCCGCCACCGACGACCACAUCAUGGAGGUGAACGCCACGUGACCCGUGAGGUCGCCCCACUCAAACCCGCCCGCCACUUGUAAGACUGAAGCCGGACCCUGAUGGACUCUGCUGAGCCAGGUGGGGGUUCCAUGUCUAUAAAGACUCGGCACUAUGGACCCCCACUAACCCUUCCCCCGAGCAUGAACUCGCUGCUCGCCACCAAACAUGAGAGCCAAUCACGUGAUCCGAUAUGAAGGACUUUGUACAUAGCUGAUUGGAAGGAUAUAGAUAUAUAUAAAGAAAUAUAAAUAUAUCUGACUCGCUCUCUUUGACCCUUCAUGCUCUGUGCAAGUGCGUGGGCAAUUACCAAAUGAGUUGUAUUGUCAAUUUCGGCGCAUUUGGCAACACACGCAGCUGCGCUUUCACCAGCGGUGUUUUGGCGCCCUCUAGUGGUGGAUUGACA